AUGCCUUUGAGAGGCUCAAAUCACUCUCCUCGAGUACAAGACAAGGCCCCCUUUUUCGACACUCUUACUGAGCUAGAUGACUGGGCUAGCAAACCUGCCAGGAGGCUCAAUGGCGUUGUAGACUAUCAUCCGCGGCGACCGAUUGAAGGGCGGUCUGCGGAACAACAUGGAAAACUGCUGGUAAUUAGUAUCGUGCUAUCGCAGCAUCCCGGCGGCUACACGGAGACGCCCUCAGGGCUCACAUAUACAUUCAAUUUCUGGUCGUACUGCGACACGUUUGUCUACUUCUCUCACCACCGCAUUACUGUGCCUCCGUCUGGCUGGACGAAUGCCGCACAUCGGCAAGGCGUCAAGAUGCUUGGCACGCUGAUCUUUGAAGGGCAAGGGCAAGAGGACUGUCUCCGUCUUCUAGUAGGACGCUUGCCCCAAUCAGGCACAGGACCCGCCAUGCCCUCAUCUGACAUAGCUCUCCCUUUGUCUCCUCACUAUGCCCACCUCCUCGCAGACUUAGCGCAUCAGAGAGGCUUUGACGGUUACCUCUUGAAUGUCGAGUGUCCAUUAAUCGGGAAAAUCGAGCAGACAAGGGCGCUUUCGGCCUGGAUCUCGAUCCUAGAGAGCGAGCUGCAACGCAAGGUUGGAUCGCACGCACAAGUGAUAUGGUACGAUAGCGUGGUCGUCACAGGAGAUUUGCGGUGGCAGGACCGUUUAAACACCUACAACCUCCCCUUCUUCAUCCCCUCAACUGGAUUCUUCACGAACUAUACAUGGCCUACUAGUUACCCCUCGCUUACCGCCCAAUACUUCCUUAGCCUUGACUCAUCCCUCAUGCUUCGCCCUAAAAGCUUACGAGACAUCUUCGUGGGUGUGGACGUCUGGGGCCGCGGGCAACAUGGCGGCGGGGGAUUCGGCUCGUACCGUGCGCUCUCCCACAUCGACCCACAGUUCCUUGGGUUGAGUGCCGCGCUCUUCGGCCAAGCAUGGACAUGGGAAACAGAGCAAGACAAGCCCGGUUUCUCCUGGGAGACGUGGUGGGCGUACGAGCGCAGUCUGUGGCUCGGAGCGGCACAGGAAGGCCAGCAUGUCGCCACCCCGCCGGAGACGCGUCGGCAGGGCGAGCCAGAGUGCGCCCAUGGGCCCUUCAAACCGAUUACAUCGUUCUUCCGCAGGUUACCCCCGCCAAACCCGGCAGACUAUCCGUUCUUGAGCUGGUUUUCCCCCGGCGCAGGUGGGGCAUGGUUCGUCCGCGGCACCAAGGUCCUACAGACUGAGGCAGGAUGGACCGAUCUCGAUAAAAAUACGUCCCUCGGAGAUCUCGCUUGGCCGCGCCCUGCCCUGCAAUGGGAGGAUGGGGGAGAGCCGCAACCGCUGCCCACAGCGUCUUCAUCAUUGUGUAUGGACGACGCCUGGCUUGGCGGGAGUUCACUGGAUCUCCUCAUAACUGUGCCGGCAUCUGAUGCUGAGGACGCGUUCUUUCGGUGUAUGUGGAUCCCUGUACAGUCAUUAUCCAUCACGUCUGAGCGACCGUACAAGAUGACAAUGGUCUUCAAAGUACAAUCAAAGACGCCCGUCGACUUCGAUAUUGGACUGUCGAUGAAGCUGCUUGCGGACGACCUCUACGGAGAAUUUGAGGUCACGCCGGUAUCCGAGCCAGCUUCCGAAGACCCACUCAAUGGAUGGACUCGCCUGGAUGUCGAGUUCUCCCUUCCAUCAGAUUUCCCUAUCGACAUCUUGGCAGCGGCGGGUCUUAUUGUGGGCUUUGCUGUCGAGGAUCCUUCGCAGGACAUUGACAUCUCCGUUCGACUGGGCCUGCUCAGUGUCCAUCCCAGUUCAUCGACUCUGAACCUAUCUGCUCAUAGACCCAAGAUACUUUGGGUGGACUAUCAUCGCGCAGACAAUGCAGAUAGUGGCAGUGUGGCUCCGGGAACCUUGACAUGGGACAUAGCGGCCUCUUUCGCGCCUAUGUCCAACAUAGUCAUCCCUUCCGACCGCGAAGAUCCUCAUCCUCUCUGGCAGCUGGAUCAUCCCUUUCCCCCAUUCGUAUAUUUCAAUUUGUACGCCUUGGCUCAUGCUGCGGAAGGUAGUGCUGCCAGACCUGAGGAUGCAACCUUCAUCGGCACUACAGGCUUGACUGGACAAGCCAGCCAGUUCUACGUCGAUCCGGCGUGCCUGCCUCCGACUAUCGCUGAGGCGAGCAAUAUGCGUUUCUACGUACAGGGGGUCACUGAUCGUGGCCAUGUGCUCGAGUGGGAUCGUUGCGCGUUCGUGGAUGUGCGAGUGCCUCCUCGAUAG